GCUCCCUGCUCGGCGGGAAGCCUGCUUCUCCCUCUCCCACUCCCCCUGCUUGUGUUCCCUCUCUCGUUGUGUCUCUCUCUGUCAAAUAAAUAAAAAGAAAAUCUUGAAAAAAAGAAAAAAAGAAAAAGACAUUCAAGUCAACAACUGCCACACUUUUAAAAAACAUUAUUUGUAGUAAGAAAUAUAUUCUAAAUUGAAGCCCAAUACAUAUAUAGAUACAUAACAAACAAAAGGUAACAAAAUAAUAUUUAUUGUAGCAUAAAAUACAUUCUGAGAGAUUUUUUUUCUACCUCGUUUUCAGUGCCAUGUGAGAACUAUGAAAAUGUCCAACAAUAGAGAAAUGAUUAAAUUAUUCGUGGUAAUUAAUGCUGUCCUAUAAUUUAAAAAGAUGAUGCAGAUCUCUUAUUUGUAACAUAAAAAACAUCACAAAAAUAUAUUAUUAAGAGACAAAAGCAGGCUGUGAAUAAAUAUACAUGUUAUCUGACUUGUUGAAAAACCACGUUUGCAAGGAUACAUGGGUCAAAAAUUUAACGUGUCUUUCUUUUGUAAUAAUACAUUGCUGUGCUUUCUGAGUGUUUACCCAAAGCUAGAUAGCUAAUAUUUAUUGAACAUGUGUGCCGGGCGCUGGACUCAAAGCUCUACAUGUGUUAUUUCAUUUAAUCCCCCCAAACCUGAGAUGGUAUAACCAUCCAUUUGACAGAAUGGAAACGGGAGAGGCUCAGAGACUCACAGUAAAUUGCCUGAGGUUGGAGUGAAGAAAAGGGCAGAGCUGAACUCAAACCCAGUGUAUCUGAAAACGGAGUUCGUCCUUCACAUGUAAGGCUCUGCCGCCUCCUAGAGAGUAGACUGGAGGAUGCAGGCCAGUUAGGAUGGGCUGAUGUUCCUGUGAGGAACUAGUAGCCCCUGUCUUAGUGGCUCCUACUAGGGAAGUAUCUUUCUUGCUCCGGCCACAUGUCCGCAUGGUCUUCCUGGGACCAGGAUAAAGGAGCACCCACCAUAGGUAACUGCCAGGUGCUAGAAGAGAUGGACAGAGUGGAUGCCAGACCCAGUGGUCUCAAGUGUUCUGUUCGAGGUGGCACGCCUCACUCCCACUCACAUCUCACUGGUCAGAGCACAUCACAGGGCUGCAUCCAACUUCCCGGGUCAGGGGACACCCUGACAUGCCUUGGUGGAGCCUACUGGGGCCACCACAUGGUGCCAGCCCGUCUGGGGGACUGUGCAGGGGCAGAGGAGGAGCCUGGGGCAUUGGUAAGAAAUGACAGCAGGACUAAGUUGGGAUGGGUUUGCUUUAUCCUUGACCAGAUGGAAUUUGUCUCAGAGCUGCCCGAAACCGUCACUGGCGAGAUUAAAAGAAGUGACCUUCGGAAAAAGGAGUUUGGUCAGAUGUAAUCAGCAAAACCCUCAGAAACCACUGUGUCUUCUUUGCCAAAUCCCUGGCUGCCUCAGUUUCCUCACUAUGGGGAGGGUGAGGAGGGGAGUGUUGGACAUUGAUUUUAAGAGCAUCAGGAGUGCUCACAUUGCAGCAUUUUUGUUCUUUUAAAUUACUAUCCAUUACUCUCCUGCUUCCAAGUCCCCGAGUGAGCGCCCAGGAUGUAGCUGGGGUAAUAAAGGGACAUGAGCAUCCAAGGGGACUUGUGUAGUGCUUUGAUUCUGUGAAUGAACCAGAGCUAAAUGCGGUCCCUCCAUGAUUCUCCCCAAGCCCCAUUGGAGAGGACUCUGGGGCCAGAUUCUCCCCCCUGGUUCCAGGGGCCCUGGGUGACUCCUGUUGUCUGUUCAACAACCACAACACAGAGGUCUGGGGAGGGACCCUUCCUUGGCCCCAGGUGUCCACCUCUGCCUGGCUUGCCCAUGCCCUGCUGGAGGGUGAGGUCAGGGCCAAGCUAGUGAGGUGGCUGGGGAAGGGGGAAGGCACCGAGGGCAGCCCAGCCUGGUGGUUCCACCUGCCUGCCAGACCAUUCCUCACCGCUCCAUCCAGCAUGCCAUGGACCCGCUGCCUCUGUAUGGUGCUGCUUCCAGGUCCCAGCCUGCACCAGCUUAGGUGUGGGAGGGAUCUGCCCUGUGGGGACCCAGGAAACCUGCAAGACUCCUCCAGCCCUUUCCGGGGUGCCCAAUCCCCCAUUCCUUCCAUGGAGCCCAGGAGCUCCGUUCCCCAGCCCUCCGUAGGGCCCCCCAAUCACUCACCCUUCCCCAGGGCCCAGGAAUCCCUCAGCCUCCCCAGGGGCCCGGAGCUCUCCCCACACUUUAUGAGGUCCUCCUGCCAUCUGUAGCCCGAGAGAUGAUGUGUGCAAAGGGCAGGGCUUAGCACAGGCCUGAAACAGGAGGGACCUCUGGUUGUCACCAGUGUUGCUUUGAACAGCUGUGAGACGUGAGGCACCGGAUCUGGGAAGGCACUUGCCCCAUGGAGAUGAUGAUGCUAAUGUCCACAGGUGCUCAGCACGGGGCUUCCUCUUGUCCUCAGCACAGUUAUGGACACAGGCUUGGACGCCCCAGCUCCCUGAAGGAAAGCAGCCCAGGGUCACAGAGCUGAUACUGCGUUCCUAUUUUAGCAGUGCUGAAAUGGUUCCUGUUUACAAGAAAUUUACACAUGGUCUAUGGAUGUGGACAGACAUACGGAGAUAGCUGUGGGAUUCAGAUGGUUUGCUCUCAAGCACCCCUUGAAAGGACCAAGACAUGAAGGUGCAGAGGCUGUUGUUCCUGGUGCUCUUGCUGCGGUGUCCCGGUUCCCCAAACCCAAAUCUUGUCCAUGUUGUGCCUGACCGUUUCCUUCUUGGCCCUGAUGGGGUUGGAGUUCUAUGGAAACUUCCCAUUAUCACUGCCCCCUUGGGAGUUUGUGUCUUUCUCAUUUAUAUCUGGAGAACCAUCCUCGCUAUAAAGCCUCGGCGAUAUGAAGUAACCUUACAACAAAUAAAUGAGAAGAUCCAUCGACUUAGGACAGAAAACAGGGAGCUUGCUCAGGAAAUAUCCCUUUGGGAGCUGAAGAUCCGGGAAGGCAAGAAGCAUGUUGCAGAAACUAAGAGUGAACAUAAGUUUCUCUCUGAGGAAGUUCUUAAAUUGAAGGAGAACAUCGAAAAGGUUGACGAAGUUAAUGAAAAUUUAAAUGACACCCUUCGUUGGGCACUGGCUCACUUGCAAAUUGAGAGAGAGAAGAAGGUCAAGAAUCAGGAUGUGGCCCAAGAUGCAUUCGAGGAUGGAGAGCAGAGAGCCUUUAGGGCCAAAAAACGAGAACUGCAGGAAUGUCGACGAUUGUUGGAAGACCAUUGCAAUGCCCUGAGUUCUUUGAAAACAACUCAAGAAGCCGAACUGAAAAUGCUGAGGAGGAAAGUGGAUAUCGUGGUGGAUUUCUCUAAACAAAGACAAGCGGCUGCCGAAGAGAAGGUUGCAAAGACCCGCUGUGACCUGGAGGCAACAGAGAGUCAGCUGUCCGCUGCCAUGGAAAAUCUGAAAGGAAUCACAGAAGCAACGGACAAGUACAAGCAAGAAAUUGGAGAGAUGCAAGAUCAGCUGCAGGAGGCAGAGCUCACCUUCCAACACAAGAUCGCAGCUCAUGAGAGAAGUGCUCUAGAUAAUUGGAUCAAGGCUCAGGUUUGGGAGAGGAAGAUAGUGCAGCAGAGGAGGGAGAACGCCUAUGUGAAACACAGACUGCACAUGAUGAGGAGAGAGAUGCUGCCUGAGGGAUCCAUGAGGCAGGAACCGAUGCCGGGAAGACCUGAGACACAGAACCGUGUGCAGAGAGGGCUUUGGUCUGAUGCUGAAACUGGUGGGUCUCCCAUGGGGAACAGGGGCACCGAGCCUCACAGAGACCCAGGGAUGAGCAAGGUCGGUACAGAUGUGAGAGGGUUUCCUCAUGCUCCAAGGCCCCCCCAUAUGCCCUACCACAUGGGGCAGGGUUUACCAGGCUUCCCUGGCUAUGGGCCACCUCCACCUCCUCCACAUGGGUGGACAUGGGGGCCUCAACCACAGCUCAUUCCUGCUACACAUGGGCUUCGGUCGUAUUCAGAAACCUGUGGCUCUCAAGGGGACAACAGUGGCACCCCGCCCAAGAAGGUCCCACAGAAGGACUAGAACCCUGUGGAUGCAAGAGGACCUGCUCCUGUACCCGGCCCACUGGGUCCACCAUACCCCAUGGAUCCCCCUUCAUCACCAUCCUGGGGCCCUGGGGCACAUCUCCCUCCACCCACCCAGUGGUCUCUGCAUCCUUACCCUGCACACGAACCUACACCACAGGGUUUGAUGAUAUGAAUUGUAUGAUUUGACUUAUAAUCUGUAUUGUCUUCUUUCUUAUUGAGUUGGUGGGGCAAAGGCCAAGUUUGUGCUGAGGCCUUGACAUUGGGAGGGGAAAACCACCUGGGGGCGCUGUAACAUCCUGAAGUUUCUCAGGACAUACAGGUGUUGUGCUGGGCUAUUUCCACACACUGAGCGGGGGGAGGUGCCGUUGUUGGGAAGGAAGUGUCUCUAUCGCACAAUGGCAGACAUAUAUUUCUUACCGUCGGGCACGUCCAGAGUCCACAGUUGUUGUUCUGGGCGGGAUGAAACACACCUCUCACUUUGUUUUCAGCGUGUUGAGUUUAAGCUCUCAUUUCCUCAGUUAUAUAAACACCUGAAGCAGGGCUAUGGUCCCUUGAUUAAUCAUUAGGGCAGGGGUCUGUCCCUUGUCCUCGGCAGUCAGUGGAUACUUGUGGGAAACCCUCUUGUCCGGUAAGGGAGGUGAGAGUGAGAAACAGUGGCAGAUGCUGGAGGCAGGUGUAGAUGGUUUGUUGGAAUGUUGCUCAGUCACUUCCAGUGGGAUGGUCUUCCGUCUUUUCUCUGACGUGGGUCAGAUACAGACGCUGGGGCAUCCUCCAUAAGGAAUAGCAGUCCUGCAUGCAGGCCUCUCAUGUUAUGGGAGAGUGAAUGUUGCUAAGGACAUGAUCACUUUCUUCAGGUUGCUCAGGAGACGCCUUUGAGGGACUUUGUCUUUCACUCAUACUGAGGUGGUUGGCAGGUCCCUUUCUGGUGAAGGAGAGCCGCUCUUCUCCAAAAGCUGGGCACAGCAGGUAUGCGCAUGCACACUGUGCAGAGACGCUAUUCUGUGCUCUGGGAGGGAUGAGGAGGGAACUUCAGGUGUCUGAGAGCAACGAGGGACACAUUCAUUAAACGACAGAGAGGUUGUGUUCCGUAUAAGGGAAGCCCCAGCGAUGGAUCUGAAGGACCAGAGAGGGAGCCAUGAGUCACUAGAAACAGGAGGCUGUGGUUGAGAAGGAUGGAGGUGCUCAGGGGAGUGGAUGGGCCUCUCUCGGGUAGAGCGGAGGCCGUUCCUGCAGGCCAGCAGCUUGAGCAGUGAGUGUGAGGACACCGUGAGAUCCACACUGAGCUGCUGCCUGUGUCCAUCACACAGCGUGGAUGAUGCAAUUAUUUGUAUCAGAACGUCAUGGUUGCCAUAAAGCUGUUCGUUCAUAAUCUAUAAGGAUUGUUGUUUCCUCUGAAUUUCUGAAGGUUCUGAACUGGGUGAAAGAAUGUGGUGGAGACUUGGGAAAUUGAACUCGGUUCCUUUGGGGAAUCUUGUCUGCCUGAGUUUGUGGGCCCCAGUGAGAAAAAGUGAAGACGGGACCAAGACCAGCAGAGUGGCUGCCUUGGCCUUCAGCCUGAGUCAGACUCUUCGUGGGGAAUUCAGGAUUGACCAGGAGCCACCCUCGCUGGAUCCCUGUCACUACGCCUCUGCAUCUGAGUCACCGCCGUGCCUUCACUUUGAUUCUCCCUGAACUUUGGUCACAGUAUCCUGUGGAUUUACCUGUAUUCCUGCCUGAAUGCCUUGUUAGUGUAGAAGAAAGCAACUAAUUUCUGUACAUUGAUUUUGUAUCCUGCCACAUUACUGAAUUGCUGUAUGAGUUCUAGUAAUGUGGGGUUGAAUCUUGGGUUUUCCACAUAAAGUAUCAUGUCAUCUGUGAAAAGAGAGAGUUUGACUUCUUUGCCAGUUUGAAUACCUUUUAUUUCUGUUUGUUGUCUGAUUGCUGUUGCUAGGACUUCUAGUACUAUGUUGAACAGUAGUGGCGAGGGUGGGUAUCCUUGACGUGUUCCUGAUCUUAAGGGAAAGGCUUUUCCCCAUUGAGGAUGAUAUUCACUGUGGGUUUUUCAUAGAUGGAUUUUAUGAACUUGAGGAAUGUUCCCUCUAUCCCUAUACUCUGAAGAGUUUUAAUCAGGAAAGGAUGCUGUACUUUGUCACAUGCUUUUUCUGCAUCAAUU